CGGCAGAAAAUGUGGAUAUGGAAAAGGCAAAAGCAUCUUCAGAGAUAGCUGGCUACUGGUUCUUUAAGCAUGCUCUUUCAGUAAUAGUGGGGCAUCCUUCUUAUCUAGCAUGUUGCUACACUGAUUGUGAAUUCCACUAACUAAAGAAAGAGGUGUCAUUCUUCCACGGAAAACAGAGAAUUUAUUAUUGAAGAAGUGGCUGAGAUUGAUCCUUUGUUACUAUUUAAAGGGAAAAAUGAUGAACUGUUUUCUCUUCCAUUGCAGUGGAAGCAAUUCAUAACCAUGCAAGCCUGUGCUCCAUAUGCAGCGAUGUUACUAGUUCAAUUCGCUUAUGGAGGAUCUAAUAUCCUCAUGAAAAUUGCUCUUGAGAAGGGACUCAAUCAAAUAGUAUUUGUGGUUUACCGUCAUGUCAUUGCAGUGAUUUUGUUGGGCCCUUUUGCUUACGUAAUUGAAAGCAGGAAGCAGCGCCCUUUGCUUUCAUUGUCAGUGAUCAUAAAGAUUUUUCUGCUUUCAUCACUAGGAACUACUAUCCAUCUUAAUGUUUACUAUGCUGGUUUAGCAUACACUUCUCCGACAGUUGCAAGCGCGUUGAGUAAUGUUAUCCCGAGUUUGACAUUCAUCAUGGCAGUUUUACUCGGGAUGGAGAAAGUGAAGACUGAAAGCCCUAGAGGAUGGGCUAAAAUGUUGGGCACGGCUAUUUGCAUAAGUGGCUCACUGGUUUUUACCUUCUGGAAAGGAGGAUAUCUGUUUAAAAGUUUUGAGAACAGAGCAUUGAUAAACAUCUAUAGCACCAAAGGUUCUGCUGGUGAGUACAGGCAUGCUAAAGAAAACUGGAUUAAAGGUUCUGCACUUAUUCUUACUAGUCAUUUUGCGUGGAGUGCAUGGCUAGUCCUCCAGGCUGUAGUUCACAAAGUCUAUCCAGCUCGUUUAUCGCUGAACACUUUGAUUUGCUUCUUCGCAUCAAUCCAAUCUUCUUUUCUUGCGCUGUUUUUUGCAAGAACUCCUGCAAUAUGGAAGCUGGACUGGAAUGUGCAGCUCCUGACCAUUAUAUACAGUGGAGCUGUGAUCUCAGCGUUAGGCUACUACCUGCAAACCUGGUGUAUUAGUCACAAGGGGCCAGUUUUUGUAGCUAUGUUUAGUCCACUACUAGUUGUCAUUGUUGGACUAUUCUCAGCAUUUGCAUUUGCAGAGAGACUUCAUUUGGGCAGCUUGAUAGGAACAGGUAUCAUUGUAGUGGGUCUCUACUGUGUACUGUGGGGUAAAAGGCAAGACAAUAGCGCUGCUCAGAAGCCUGAUGAAGGAAGAGGAGGCUUGGCUGACGGUAAAUCAUUGGAAAUUUCCAUAAAUGACUACCCAUUGACAAAUCCUGACCCAAGCGGAAGGAAGUGAAGUUUCAGACUUACCUAGACUAAUUCAAAUGCAAGACCAUCAUCAAUUAUCAAAGUGGCUUUUGAAGUCUCAGUGGUGUAUUGUAUUUGAAUAAACUUAACCAAGCACACUUCUUUUCUACUCAUCAACAAACAAUGAUAAAUGGGAUGUCUUGGUAAUUGCUGACAAAGGAUCCACCAAAUACAAUUACUAGUUAGUGGGAGUUAAUGCCGAGGCAUCGUCCGUUUGCCUAGUAAUAGUAAUGUUGUGAGGAAUGGACUAUUUCGUUUCUCUGUACUGGGUGGUAUUCUUAUUGAUGGAGGUCUUUAUGGUAUCCUGCGGGGAAGAAGCAAGGCUGAGAAACAAGAAAUACAUAGUAGUUGAUCUCCAGCAGAGAAAUCUUCCGAUAUCGAAAAAGACUCUGUUCUCUCUGCUUGUGUUUCUCUGAUAUAUAAAGUGGUGUGGCAAGUUAUAUCAAGUAAACUGCUUCUCUGACUGACAAUGAUUUUCUUUUUCUGUUCCUCUGCUGUCAAAUUCUCUCUUAACCUCUAAUAUCAAUUUUCCCCCCUUUUCCUUUCUAUCUGAAAAAAAUAUUCUGCAGCAUGACAUUGAUCGGUCCAUUGCAAAGAUGGAAAGGAAUUGGAUGCUCUAAACUCAUGUCUUUAUUAACCAACCUUUUGUUCCCACAAACGAAUCAUCAUAGUUCACGAGUUUUGUUUUCCUAACAAGAAUUGCAACAACACAUGAUUUGUUUUUCAGAUAUCACCGUAGAAUUUAUAGUAAAGAGCAUCCAAUUCUAGCAAACACACAAUUUAGACCACAUACAUCAGAAUUCCCCUUCUAUUUUCUCACACAGACAAACUAACAUUAAUAGGCUGAUGAAGAACCUCACAAAAUAUUUUGUGAAUUUCAUGUCAAGUAACCAUAACAAAUCGACGAGGAGCUAGUUGGAUACGUUGAAGAAUAAAGACAUAAAGUUGCUCCAUGUAGACAUCAGAGUUGAAGAAUGAACAAGUUGAACUAUUAUUCCCAGAAAAUGAUCAGGUUUAAUUUUGAACAGAACAUGUUCGUGUCACAAAGUACUCUAAUAUAUAUAUUUUCAGUUUGUGGCCAUAGAUUUCAGAAGAAAUUGUGGAUUUGGAAAAGGAAAGGCAUUUCAGAGAUAGCUGGCUUCUGGUUCGUAAAGCAUGCUCUUUCAGUAAUAGUGGGGCAUCCUUCUUAUCUAGCAUGUUGCUACACUGAUUGUGAAUUCCACUAAAUUAAGAAAGAGGUGUCAUUCUUCCACACGAGACACAGAAUUUAUUAUAGAAGAAGUUGCUGAGAUUGAUCCUUCGUUACUAUUUAAAGGGGAAAAUGAAGAACCGUUCUCUCUUCUAUUGCAGUGGAAGCAAUUCAUAACCAUGCAAGCCAGUGCUCCAUAUGCAGCGAUGUUACUAGUUCAAUUAGCUUAUGGAGGAUCUAAUAUCCUCAUGGAAAUUGCUUUGAGAAGGGACUCUAUCAACUAGUAUUUGUGGUUCACCGUCAUCUCAUUGCGAUGAUUUUUGUGGGCCCUUUUGCUUAUAUAAUUGAAAGGUAAAGAAAUAUGAUUGUGAAUUCAUGCA